AUGGGUGUCUUCUACCAUGAAGAACCACCAAACCAUCCCAAAAGAUGCAAAUGCCUUGUAGCAACAUAUCUUAAGGAAGCAUUUUCACGUUGCCAAAGUUUAGGUGCACGGUUUUCAACUUCAACUUUCGAGGAUGAGUACCCAAUGAGCGAUUUUGACGAGGAACAGGAAGUGUUUAUCUCAGCUGUAAUAAGCCGAACCAUGGAAAAACAAAAGCACAAGCCAAGUGUUUUGAGACAUAGCUUUUCCUGGGUAUACUCUCCUGCAACAAAAGAACUUUUUGUGACUGAAGCAAUGGGAGCACAAGAAAAGUUGAAGGGUGAUGAAGAAGUUGAUGAAAGAGAAGAUUUUUUGUCCGUUAAGAGCUGUUUCUCACGCUGUUCGAGUUCUCUAAGUGGAGAAGCAUUUUAUUCUGUGAAGACAAAGCUUUCACGAUGUUCAAGCUUGAACGAAAUUGACAUGUCAAAAUAUUGGAAGCGCUCUGUGAUUGAGGAGUUUUGUCAUUGCGAGGGAUGGCCUUUUGGUCUUUGCCGCAGAGCUGUGUUGCUUCCUCCAUUGCCUAAGUCACCUUCUGAGUCAUGGUUGUCGCGUAAAAUACAACCUAGUAUUAAGAAACCCUGA